UGCUUCUUUCUGAGUUUAUGCCGUGCGUUUUUACAAAAAUACCAACGUAAAUCGUGGUGUGUCGUUACGGAAGGUGUUUGGUAUUCAAUAUUAGUGUUAAAAUAGUAAAAUAGAUAAUGGCUGCCAGCGAUUCAGGGACGGAUGAAUCAUUGUAUCCUAUUGCGGUACUGAUUGACGAGUUGAAAAAUGAGGAUGUUCAGCUGCGUUUGAAUUCGAUCAAGAAACUCUCCACUAUCGCGUUGGCCCUGGGUGUAGAGAGAACACGCUCGGAAUUGAUCCCUUUCCUCACGGAGACCAUUUACGAUGAGGAUGAAGUGCUGUUGGCUCUCGCCGAACAACUUGGCAACUUCAUCAACCUGGUGGGAGGUGGAGAGUACGCACAUUGCCUGCUUCCUCCACUAGAGUCUUUGGCCACCGUAGAGGAAACAGUGGUCCGUGACAAAGCUGUAGCAUCACUAAGGGCUGUUGCUGCACACCACACUCCGCAAGCUUUGGAGCAGCAUUUCGUACCACUUGUACAACGACUUGCUGGUGGUGACUGGUUUACAUCUAGGGCAUCGGCUUGCGGAUUGUUCAGUGUUUGUUACCCGCGAGUGUCUGCACCUGUCAAAGCAGAGCUGCGUCAACACUUCCGCUCGCUGUGCCAAGACGACACCCCAAUGGUGCGUCGAGCCGCCGCGUACAAGCUCGGCGAGUUUGCACGCGUCGUUGAAGUCGAAUACGUCAAGAGUGACCUCAUUCCCAUGUUCGUCAUUCUGGCACAGGACGAGCAGGACUCGGUGCGGCUGCUGGCGGCGGAGGCGUGCGCGGCCGUGGCGUCGCUGCUGGCGGCCGAGGACAUGGAGCAGCUCGUCAUGCCCACGGUGCGCGCGCGCGCCGGCGACACCUCCUGGCGCGUGCGCUACAUGGUGGCCGACAAGUUCGUGGAGCUGCAGCAGGCCGUAGGCACGGAACUUGCACGGUCAGACCUGGCACAGAUCUUCCAGGCGCUGCUCAAGGACUCCGAGGCUGAGGUGCGCGCCGCCGCCGCGGGGAAGGUGAAAGACUUCUGCAUGACCUUGGACAAGGCUCACCAGGAGCAAAUUAUUAUGACGAUGAUCUUACCACAGAUCAAAGAUCUGGUCUGCGACCCCAACCAACACGUGAAAUCAGCUCUGGCCUCCGUCAUUAUGGGUCUAAGCCCGAUCGUCGGCAGGCAGAAUACCAUCGAGCAUUUGCUGCCGCUCUUCCUAACACAGUUGAAGGACGAGUGCCCCGAAGUCCGUCUAAACAUCAUCUCAAACCUAGAAUGUGUAAAUGAAGUGAUUGGUAUACAACAGCUAGUCCAAUCCCUUCUCCCAGCUAUUGUUGAACUGGCUGAAGACACAAAAUGGCGCGUCCGCCUGGCCAUCAUCGAGCAUAUGCCUCUGCUGGCCGGUCAACUCGGACAGGAGUUCUUUGACGAGAAACUCACAGGUCUUUGCAUGUCCUGGCUCAUUGACCACGUCUACGCUAUCCGUGAAGCGGCCACACUGAACCUGAAGAAACUUGUUGAACAGUACGGACCGCAAUGGGCCGAAACCAAUGUCAUACCGAAAGUCCUCGCUAUGUCUCGCGAACAAAAUUACUUGCAUAGAAUGACAUACUUAUUCUGCAUCAAUGUCCUUUCUGAGGUUUGCGGCAAAGAUAUUACUACAAGAGUGUUGUUGCCUACAGUCUUAUCUAUGGCUGAUGAUAAUGUUGCCAACGUAAGGUUCAAUGUGGCCAAAUCCUUGCAGAAGAUGGCUCCCUACCUUGAUCCCAGUGUAAUCCAACCUCAAGUGAAGCCAGUUUUGGAGAAAUUGAACGUAGAUCCCGAUGUGGACGUGAAAUAUUUCGCUUCAGAAGCCAUCGCAGGAAUAGCUGGUUAGAUUUAGUCAAAAUAUUUUUAUUUACUACUCAAUGCAGUCUUGGUUACUUCGGUGUCCUAAAUUACAGCCUGACAAGUUUGAUUUCAUUAUCAUGUUGCACGAUUCUCCAGCAACACAAACCAAGAUGGUUAAUACUUACCAUUUCAAGAUCAAAAGUAACUAGUCGGUUUUUACUUGAGUUUUACCUAAAAUAUGUACUCGGAAUGUGCCAUUGGUUACAGAAAUAUAUAAUAACAAUACUGCAUUGAGUAGUAUAGUUUAUAUUGAACAUGGGUAUUUUAUAAAAUUAGUAUUUAUUCCAAACAAAUCCCUGUAUCAAGAGAUUACUCGGUUUUGGAUAAGGUAAACACGUGUUUCUAGAAAAAAUAUAGCUUCAUUCCAUAAGUGUGAAUGUCUACUUAAUUCAUUGGUCAUUUUAAAGCAUUUAAUUCUGCACU